AUGCCCUCUCAUCUCCUCACAACCACAAUUAACGACCUUCUAUAUCCUUCGCCCACGGAGUCAAAGAUAUCAUCCCCUCCUCGUGCCCUCCCUCAAGGCCAUCACCUUGUCUACUUCCCCAUCCAAUUACCCCCCUCGCGUCUCAUUCCUGAUGGUGCAGAUCCUGAUCAUUCACCUGGGCCGCCUUAUACGCGACGUGUGUGGGCAGGUGGCGAGGUUAUCUUCAGAGGAGAUGAGAUGAAGCUUGAUGCAAGGCCGGCGAUCUGCAAGGAAAAGAUCGAGGAUGUUACCUUGAGAGGUAAAGAGGGCGAGGAAAAGGUGUUUGUUGAUGUGUGGAGGAAAUAUGGAACUGGCCAUAAGAUUGAGGGGAGACAAGAUUGGGAUGUUGAAGAGAGGAGAACGUUGGUGUUUAUGAGGGACGAAGAAGGGUCUGCCUCAUCACCUUCACGUUUACUCAAGUACCCUCAACCGCCAUCUUAUUCAAUCUCUCUCACGCCUUCACCAAUACACCUAUUCCACUUCUCAGCGCUGUCCUUCAACGCCCAUUCCAUUCACUUCGACCCUCAAUUCGCGCGAGAAGUUGACGGUCAUCGAGCACUUCUCGUCCAUGGCCCGUUCACUCUUGCUCUCAUGCUUCGCGUCCUCAACGAUCAAAUCGGUGCUGGUGCAUCCGUCCACAAGUUCACCUACAGAAACUACGCGCCUUUGUACGUCAAUGAGCGCAUGAGCAUCAAUAUUCGCAAGGUAUCGAAAGACGACGGCGCUGAGGGACGAUGGGAUGUUUGGAUUGAGGGACCAGAAGGAGGAAUGGCUGUCAAGGGAACAGCGGACGUUAUCAGCAAAUAA